CCUCUUCAAUGGUGGGGGAGGAAUCAGCGGAACUCCCAGGCAGCAGCAGACAAACACCCUGGAAGAUUCCUCCUCCAUCUCCUCUGUGUGAUGAAGGGACAAGAGCCGCCAUGCAGCCAACUGAGGGCAUGGUGUCCUUUGAAGAGCUGGCUGUCUAUUUCACCCAGGAGGAGUGGACUCUGCUGCGCCGUGCCCAAAGAAUUCUCUACAAGGAAGUCAUGCUGGAGAAUUUUGAGAACGUGGCCGCUCUGGGAGGACCUCAGAUCACCAAACCUGAUCUCAUUUCCUGGCUGGAAGAAGAGGAAGAGCUGUUUCUCGUGGGCUGUGAUGAGGAGCAGGGACUGGCAGGUAGCAGCUUAGGGGGUGUGCAGGAGUCAGCGAAUGAAACGAGACAGCUCCCACUGACAAAGAAAGAGGAUACAUCUUCUGAUGUGAAAGAGAAAUUUGAAGAUGUCCAUAUACUGUGGAAGCAGGAGGGAGAAGGUCCACCUUACAAAAGGAAAAAUUCCAGCUUUUUACAGGAUGAGAACUCUGUACUGCAACACAUAUACCAAGGAAAGAAGAGGAAUGAGCGCAGUGCAAGCAGGGAAGAUGUUCCCCAAAGCUCAGUCACUUCGAACAAAAAGCAACGGGUGGAUUGUGGAAAUGGCUUUGGGGACAAGAACAGCACAAUAUCUCAUCAAAGAACUCACACUGAGAAGAAAUCAUAUAAAUGUCUGGAGUGUGGGAAAAGCUUCACUCGGGCAAACAAACUUACUUCCCAUGCAAGAGUCCACACAGGAGAGAAACCAUACAAAUGCCUGGAAUGUGGGAAAAGCUUCACUCAAGCAAACAAACUUACGUCCCAUGCAAGGGUCCACACAGGGGAGAAACCAUACAAAUGUCUGGAGUGUGGGAAAAGCUUCACUCGGAGCGACAGUUUAACUUCCCACCAAAGAAUUCACACAGAGGAGAAACCAUAUAAAUGUCCCGAGUGUGGAAAAAGUUUCACUUAUCCUGGACACCUUAGUUCGCAUUACAGGAUUCACACAGGGGAGAAACCUUACAAAUGCCUGGAGUGUGGGAAAAACUUUGCUUUUCAUACAAGCCUUAAAUACCAUCAAAGAAUUCACACAGAAGAGAAGCCAUAUAAAUGUCUGGAGUGUGGGAAAAGCUUCAUUCAGAGAAACAAACUUACUGCCCACACAAGAAUCCACACAGGAGAGAAACCAUACAAAUGCCUGGAGUGUGGGAAAAGCUUCAGUCGGAGAGAUGUUUUAACUUCCCACCAAAGAAUUCACAUAGAGGAGAAAGGAUAGAAAUGCCUGUUUUAACCAGGGUGGAGACACAGUCUUUCAAUAAUGUGGGGAAUAUUAGCUUAGAGCAGCCUGCUUCUUAAGAGGCUUGGGAAAGGAAUCUUUAAUCCCAUUAUAUACUGAGAUCAGCUCUCAGAAGGAAAUCCACAGAAAGGGAUAUGAUGGAAAUUUGACAAUCUUUAUUGUAGGGAUGAGGGGUUCGCAAGCAUUUGAUUCAAUUCAGCAAACAUGCAGAAACAAACUGUUAAGGACAAUUAUAUACCCCAAGACAAGCUCUGUCAGCACUGUGAAUUGGCAUUAGUAUCAGCGGCUGUCCGGAACUGAGGGGACCCCCUCCCCAUUUCCUUUGUAGUUGGCACUUUUGAACAGCAAGUAGAUGGGAGACCUGUUAGCAAUCUCCAUGACUACCCUCACAGGAUCCUCUCACAAUCUGUCUUUAGCAAACUGGCAUUCUUACAAAUGGUCUCAAACAGGUCAAGACCUUGUUAGAUCUGUUUCUCCAGAUUGGGUUGUGGUCAUGGCUGGCUGUUAGAAUGUGUUCCCUCCUGCCAUCAAACAGCAGGGCUCAGGUGCAAGGUCUCACAUCUGACUUUGGGGAGGGGGCAGGUCUUUACCUUCUGACAUGUUAAUGGACCUUUUCCCUUUUGUUUUCCAUUGAUGCUUGUAACUCUAGAUAACUAGAAGCACCCUGGUGUCUUCCCAAUGGGAGAGAAUGACAGGUGGCUGCAAACUAUUACUGAGCUGGCCUUGUGAUGCUAAACUCCCAAACAUCUUUUUUCCCCCGUUGUAUUAUGCUCACAUUCCAUGGGAAACAGGGAGGGGGGACUUAUGGUGGGAAUUCUGGGGAAAUGAAGGCAACUGCACUUUCGUAGUCUGGCAGAACUGGCUUUCUGAAAGCCAGGUACUAGCUGUUAUUAAUAAAGACUUCUGAUCAACCUUCAAA